AUGGAACGAGUUGGCCAGUGGAUGCAAGAGAUUCGUCUGUUGGACGGCGGCUUUGGAACCGAAUGUGAAAAACGCUCUCAAUUGCCCAUUGACGGACACAAAGCAUGGAGCUCUCGUUUGCUAAAAGAAGAUCCCAACUUGGUGUGCGAGAUACACAAGAGUUUUCUUCGGGCUGGCUGUGAUGUGAUCUCGACGAAUACUUAUCAGUGCUCACCACGCACACUGUCACAAGCUAUGAAUAUCACAAUCCGCGAGGCCAAAGAACUUAUGAGACAUGCAGUACGCCUAGCACGGCGUGCUGUGGAUACGGUGUUGCAAGAAGAGCGGUCACCAUUAUCUCUGAGGAAUCGAAAGCUUCCUGUGCUAAUUGCCGGGUCCCUGGGAUCAUACGGCGCAUGUUUAGCCGAUGGGUCGGAGUAUUCUGGAGACUAUGGGAAGCAUGUUACGUUCUCCGACCUUGUCGAUUUUCACCAGGCUCGGGCAGAAAUACUUCUCGAAGCUGGUGUGGAUUUAUUAGCCUGGGAAACGAUACCGCUGCUCUCUGAAGUGGCCGCUAUUUGUGAGGUGAUGCAUCGUCUCCCGAACGCUGUAGGCUGGAUCUCUGUAUCUUCUGUGGAUGGUCAGACCACAGUUGCAGGUGAACCGCUACACGACAUCGCUUUAGAGGUGGAUAAGUGCGACCGACUUUUCGCAAUUGGAGUAAACUGUUCAAUUCCACACCAUCUGAUCCCGCAAGCUUUGGCUAAUCUGAGUAGUCUUUACGAUCCAUGUGAACCAGGCACAGAAGAAGGCUUCCAUCCGCCCCCGUGUGAUAAACGCCCGGGGGGUCAUUCUAGUGAUCAGGUAGUCGUGUCACGUACUCGCAAGUUGCUCUUGGUUUAUCCGAACAGCGGUGAGCAGUGGAUUCCAGCCAAAAGCAAAAGGUCCCGCUGUCGAGGUUACUGGAUAUGGCCUCCAAAAACUGGACCAAGUCUAUGGGCACGUAUGAUGAGUCGUUACGCUAUGCGUAGAGGUGUUCACAAUCCAGAACAACUUUCGCAGUCUACACUGACCGAAGCGCACGGAAGUCACACCCGGUUGGCGCUACGAGCUCAAUGGGUUGGUGGAUGUUGUCGUGUGGGACCGGAACAAUUAGCUCAGUUAGCCGAGUGGAUGAAACCGGACGAGACUUAUCAACUGCACGACAUUGAAUUGACCCAUCAAUCAUCACCGGAGUUAUCUGGUUCACUGUCGUCGGGAACUGGAAGUUCAGUUAGGCAUCGGCGGAAGGCUAUUGUUGUCGAUCAUCGUGAUGAUACCAAACGGCGUCGUUCAGGGCCCACUGCUAUGCGAAAAACUCUGUGA